CCGGGCGCGAUGGUCGCCGCGCGGAGCAACAUGGCCGCCUCGUUCGCGGCGGAGCAAAGCGUGUCAGUUGGUGGCGUUUCCAGUGUCUCGCAGGUGACGGUUCGCUCGCGCUGAAUGGCGGAAUGCGAUCGAGUUAGCCGCGUGUCCGACCGAUUGUAAUCGGGCGUAAAAUGAGCUUUUCCGUGAAGAAGACGGGCGGCAGAAUGUGGCACGAGGCGCGUAAGCAGGAGAAGAAGAUCCGCGGCAUGCUGGUCGAUUAUCGUCGCAGGGCUGAGCGCCGACGGGACUAUUAUGAGAAAAUCAAAUCGGAUCCCACGCAAUUUCUGCAAUUGUAUGGCAGACCAUGUAAGAUACACUUGGAUCCAGCGAUAGCCGCUGCAGGUGAUAGUCCAGCGAACAUGAUGCCAUGGCAGGGCAACGAGGACAAUCUCAUUGACCGGUUUGACGUGCGUGCGCAUUUGGACUGGAUUCCAGAGGCACCUGACACUAUCGACGUGGACAUUGCCCUGACAAGCGAAGAUAGACAUAUCAACUACGAGCGCUAUCGUAUUAUUGUACAAAAUGAAUUCUUGGGUGUGACCGAGGAGAAGUUUCUUCACCAGAUACACCUGGAGGAGCUCUACGGUUCGUCUACGAAGGUGGAUGCUGCAAAGGAUAAAAAAAAGUCUUCUAACAAUGCUGCUAUCGGAUACAACUAUGAAACGGAAGAGCCGAUACCAGAACCAGUGAAGCCUACUGAUCCGGUAAUGUCGGAGGAGAAGGGGGACGAUGAAGAUAGCGAUAUAGAUUUAGACAUAUGCGUCGACGUAUCGCAGAUAGAGCCGUCACAAGCACACGAAAUGAAUCUGGUGGCUCAGAAGUACGGGCUCUUGGGCGCUGAUUAUUUUAGCUUCUUGACGCAGGAUUUCGAGGAAGCCGAGACCUUGCGGCAGGCUCGAAAGCAAGAGGAAGAGAAGGCUAUGUAUUCGGGACGACGAUCGCGUAGGGAACGACGUGCGUUUAGGGAGAAGAAGAUGAUAGGUCGCGUCAUGAGUCCGCCCAGUUACGCGGCCAGAGAGAGCCCGGAAUACAAUCCUUACAGAAAGUCUUCUUCCAAGUCGCGAUCGCGAUCCGCAUCACCUAUAAACACCGGACAGAUCACGUACAUCACGAGCUUCGGCGGCGAGGAAGAAACCCAUAGCAGUACAUCGCACGUGUCCUCCUCGAACUCGAGGAAAGUCAAUUAUUCGUACCUCAGACGACGCAGGUCGGACAGCCCCGCGUUCAACGAGAGAACGGUCAGUAGGAAGAUAUCCAAGUCCAGAUCGCGGAGCUGCUCACGCUCCGUCAGCCGAACCAAGUCGUAUAGGAUGCGCGACGUGAAGCGAAGUGGAUCGAGGAUGAGAUCAAGGAGAACACGUUCGAGGCCUCGAAAGUACACGCGAUCCCGAACGAGGAGCCGCUCCCGACGGUCGCGCACGCGAAGCAACUCACGCCCGCGCUGCCGCAGUAUUAGCAGAUCCCGGUCGCGGUCGAUCUCGCGAUCUAGAACGCGAACAAGGUCUCGUUCGCGUUUGAAGAGGUCAAGGAGCUCGUCCUCGAGCAGCGUGUCGAAAUCGAGGUCGCGAUCCAAGUCGCGCAACAGGAGCCACUCGAGGGACAGCCGGAAGAGACGAUACUCGCCGUCGAAGUCACGAUCCAAGUCCCGCUCGAAAACGAAGUCUCCGUCAAGAUCGAGAUCAAGGUCGAGAAGUCAGUCGAGCUGCAAGCGUUCGCGGAGUGAUGACAAUAAGACGCCAGCACUGCCAAGGUAUUACGGCCGGCGUGGGAAAUCGUCGAGUCUCGAGCUGGAGCUUUCCGAUAACGAGGAGAAAUCCAGUUCAGCAGUGCCGAAGACAUCGACAGUUAACGCAAGCACGAACAAGCCAAAAGCAGGGUUAAGUACAAAUUCUGGUGGCGGACACAAAUCACUGAAAAUCACACCCCAGGAGCGGCUUAAGAAAAAAAUGCAAGCCCUGUUGAACAGACAAUAUAAAGCUGACAAGAAGGCGGAGCAGCUGAGGAUCGAGAAAAUGGAGCAGCAGAGGCAGGAUCGCGAGGACGAGAUUCGGGAGAUGUCCUUGAAGCUUCGCAGAAAGCAGAGAGAAAGACGGCACAGAUACGAGGGUCACAGUUCGGACACGCGUUCAUCCUUGUCGCGUAGUCCCAGUCCGAGUCGUAGUCCGCGGCAUCAUGCGAUGCGUCGCGACAGACGAGACGUGGAUGGCGAUCGCGAGCGCGACAGGGACCGGGAGAGGGAUCGGCGUGACGACCGCGACCGAAGCAGAACUGAAUCCCGCAGGAGGUACAACAGGGACUCGUCACCCCGUUCGCUGAGUCCUAGGAGCAGUCGGUAGAGAUUCUUUGAUUCUCUCGCAGUUUUCAGGAACAAAGGCCUAGUCGACUACUGAGACAGGAUUGAGAGCAUUUUGAACACCGAGGGGCGCACGUUCAAUCUUCCACCUUACUGAUCUGAAACGGAUGUUUCGAUUACUUCCUGUUCAAUAGCAUUCCUUCCUUAAGCGCUAAUCGUCUCGGGGAGGGGGGUUGCGCGAUAAAGAAAAUAUGCGAAGCGUAUCUUCCGCGAGCCUCAAUGUUCUUUCCUUUUGAAGCGCGUCGAGAAGUCGGGCGCGAAUUCACUUUACGAAACGAACAGGGAUAUUCGUACGUUCGUGCAUCGUAUUUCGUUAUAUCGUAAUGUUACGUAACGUGUCAUCAGCGUGAACAAUAUCGUGACGAUUCACGGGUAUUAUUAUGGAGUCUAUAAUUUUUGUUUAUCCUCACAGAAGGGUGCACUCUCGAUCCCACGUGUACCGAGAAUAUUGUUGUAUUUUAGAGUUGAAUGCACUUUGCAAUCUAACAGCUAUUUACUGUUAAUAUUAUUCGAUAAUAUUUAAAUAAAUAAAGAUUCUCAUUUCCCAGC